UUUAGAAUUAUCGAAAUGAAGUUACUAUACUUUGUAACGAUUUUUGCUAUUUUGCACACGCAUAUAAGAUUGAUAUCCCCACAGGCUGCUAAAACUAAUUCGUUUAAAGAGAAGGCCAAAAGAUUAUUACACAAUAUUUACAGAGUCUUCAAGCAAGUGAUACCAGCGUUGCCUGCUAAACUUGUGACCAAUGUGUUUAAUGUGGUUUGUACCGCAUUCAUUGACCAGAUCAGGAAGCAUAUACCCGACAAGCAUGAGCCGAAGCUUGAGAAUAUUAAAUUACAAUUUCGUACCGCUUGCGAUAAGCGCGAAUAUCCGCUAAGUAAUCUAACUGGAUUAGCGGCUGAUAAAGAUUUCGAUCGUAAAAAGAAGACGGUUAUUGCUGCGACCGGUUGGACGACAACGGUGAAUAAUGGACAACACGACAUACUGGCCAAGGCGUACAACUGUCGUGGGGACACAAAUUAUUUGGCGCUCGAUGUCGACGACUACGUGGAUACGCUCUACACCUGGUCCUCACAGAACUCUGAGGACAUAGGCAAAUUUGUCGCUGAAGGCUUGCAACGUCUGACCGCGUUUGUAGACAUCGCGAACUUGCAUCUGGUUGGUCACAGUUUGGGCGCACAAAUAAUGGGUUCGGCGGCGCGUAACUACCGUGCUUUAACGGGCAAAAACUUGCCUUACGUCACCGGUUUGGAUCCCGCUUUACCAUGUUUCAGCAUACGCAAGGGUUUAACUACACUCUCGGCGAAGGACGCCGACUUCGUUGAUAUCAUACACACAAAUCCCGGUGUUCUCGGUCAGUAUGAAACUUAUGGACAUGUCGGCUUCUACGUCGGUGGCAAAUAUCCCAUAAAAGUCGGUUGUGCGGAUACGCGAUGUUCACAUAGCAUUGCUGUAUCCUACUAUGCCGAAUCGGUUUAUCCAAACAAUGCUAAUAAUUUCAUUGCAAGACAUUGCAUGUCUUCUAAGCGCCUUAUAUGCAUGGGCCAUAAGACCAUAAUGGGUUAUGCCGUUUCUCGUGACAUAAGAGGCACAUAUGUGCUGGACGUAAAUGCUAAGCCGCCUUUUGGUAAAAAUGCAAAUGAUAACUUUACCGAUCCCAAAUUGUCGAGCUGUGGUAGUUGCAAGGGUGCAAAACAAUAUGCUACCAUCAAUGCCACGGCGGCAGACUACAUAUACUCGGUGACUGAAAUUAUUGCCGCCUUAAAAGAGAGUGGAGGGGACAUGUAUCGUGCUGAUUACUUCUUCAAAACCGUUGAGAAUCUCCUUUUCGGUUUACCAUUUCAGAUUGUUUUCGGUUUGUUAAAUGCAGUUUGUUCAGCGGUGCUUGCGGAGGGCAGAGAUCAAACACCCGAAAGCUUUGAACCGAGAAUAGAAGAUAUUGGACUGCAGUUAAGUACAGCUUGUAGUGGGCGAGUAUAUGCCAUCGAAGAUAUAGCACAACUAGCAACAGAUCCAGAUUUCGAUCCGAACAAGAAGACGGUGAUAUUUUCGACGGGUUGGUUGUCGACAUUGGACUAUGAAGCCACCGGUGUGUUGAGCCAGGCAUUUCGUUGUCGUGGCGAUACGAAUUUUCUGGUGCUCGAUACCGGUGGUUAUAUUGGCACGCUUUACGUCUGGUCCGCACAAAAUACCGAUACAAUUGGCAAAUUUCUCGCUGAGGGCAUACAAAGUCUUUCCGAAAUUAUCGACAUCAACAAUUUGCACAUAAUCGGUCACAGUUUGGGCGCACAAAUAAUGGCUUCCGCGGCGCGACAUUAUACCGAUCUCACAGACAGUCAACUACCGCAUGUGACGGGUCUGGAUCCCGCUUUCCCGUGUUUUAACGAAGGCCAGGUGCUGACCAUACUCUCGGCUAGUGAUGCCGAGUUUGUCGACAACAUAAUCACGACACCCGGCAUUGCCGGACAAUUCGCGGCCAGCGCUGAUGCCACCUUUUAUGUGGGUGGCAAGUUUCCCAUACAAGCGCCUUGCACUGGUCCAGCAUGUUCGCAUGUAAUCGCUAUCGAUUACUAUAUAGAAUCGGUCUUUCCGAAUAAUGAGCAUAAUUUCCUAGCGAAGCGUUGCAGUUCGCUGUACAAUCUGCUAGCUGGUAGAUGUGUUGGCGAUUCAUAUCCAAUGGGUUUAGCGGUGCCACGUGACUUAAUCGGUAGGUAUAUACUGGAGGUGAAUGAAGAGAAGCCGUAUGGUAAAAAUGCCACUGAGGACUAUGUUAUACACCGAAAAUUGCAAUUUGUAUUUGAACUCCAGUGUUCGGACGCCAUGAAAUCUGUCAUUAUUUUCUUGCUGUUGGCCACAAUAGGCGCCAAUGUAGCCUUGAAUUUCACCAUUUUCGAUUUGCUGCAUUCGGUGGAUGAAAUUGCCAAGGCCAUAAUCGCAAAAGCAUCGUCUGAUUUGCGUCCAGAUUAUAUUUUCAGAAUUAUCGAAAAUUUAGUGGCGGGCUUACCGCUACAAAUCGCCUCGAGCGUGGCCAACGAAAUUUGUGUGGCGGUUAUCAAUCAGGGUAGAGACAAAACUCCGGAUAAAUAUGCGCCGGUACUCACUGAUAUUAAGUUUCAGAUGCGCACCGCUUGUGAUAAACGUAAUUUUGCGCUUGAGAACGCCACUGCCUUGACUGCUGAUAAGAGUUUCGAUCGCACAAAACCGACCGUUAUAUUCGCUACCGGCUGGACGACAACUAUCAACAGUAGUCAACAGGAAGCAUUAACCAAGGCGUACAACUGCCGUGGCGAUGUCAAUUAUAUUGCUCUGGAUUUCGGCGAGUACCUGAACACGUUGUAUUCGUGGUCGGCACAGAACUCCGAAGUCAUUGGCAAAUAUGUCGCUCAGGGCCUGCAGCACCUGACUACGGUUAUAGACAUCGCGAACUUGCAUUUGAUUGGUCACAGUUUGGGCGCACAAAUAGUGGGUUCGGCGGCGCGUCACUACCGCGUUUUGACGGGUAACAGCUUACCUUACGUGACCGGUUUGGAUCCCGCAUUGCCGUGUUUCAACAAAGGCGAGCGGCUCACCACCUUGUCGGCCAGUGAUGCCGACUUCGUUGACAUCAUACACACGGAUCCCGGCAUUCUGGGUCAGUGGAAGCCGAGCGGUAGUGUGGACUUCUAUGCGGGUGGUCAUUUUGCCUUGCAACCAGGUUGCUUUAGCGCAAGUUGCUCACAUAGCCGUGCCGUGACAUACUAUGCGGAGUCGGUGUAUCCAAAUGAUGAGUACGAUUUUCUGGCCAAACGUUGUGACUCUUUGCUAAGUCUGCAGGCGGGUAGAUGCAAAGGUAAUUCAUAUCCCAUGGGUUAUGCUGUGCCGCAUAAUCUGCGAGGCAAAUUUAUUUUGGAGGUGAAUGAUAAGCCGCCAUAUGGCAAGAAUGCUGGUGUUGAUUUCACGAAUCCGGAAACCACGACGUGUGGCACCUGUGUAGCGUGAGUGCAGUAAAUAUACACAUGCACCAGAUAUACCUUAUCUCUGUAUACGCACAAUAUUAAAUGGUGGUGGAUGAAAUAUUCAAAUGUAUAUAACCAAAUAUAAAAGAAAAUAAUGAAGCAAAA